AUGGGAGACUCGCCGGAAAAUCCGGACUUCGCCGGCGAUGUUUUGAGACUGGUGGAGCAGGCAAAGGAGAUGCAGGACUCCGCUGCCUCCCUAAUCUCACGUACCACUCUCGAAGAAGACGCGCUCCGACAGCGUCUCGCCUCACUCGACUCUCACAUCAACUCCCUCCGAAAUAGCAAACACGCCGACGACAAGUUGGAAGAGGAGUUGAUUAAAGUGAGAUAUAUACUGAGCGAAGGAGAUGCAGCGGCUUUUCUUCCGAGCAAAUCGCAUGGCAAGUUUCUGAGGAUGUUUUUAGGGCCCAUUAACGUUCGGGCGAACAGGAAGGACUUGAAAUUGAAAGUGAAAGAGGAGUACAACAAUAUCAAAGAUAGAACGGCAUAUUUAUUCCUCUUUUUCCCAUCACUGUUGCUGGUUUUAAGGUCGUGGAUUUGGAAUGGAUGUCUGCCUGCAUUGCCAGUUCAACUUUAUCAGGCAUGGUUGCUGUACCUCUACACUGCUUUGGCAUUGAGAGAAAACAUUCUGAGAGUUAAUGGAAGUGACAUACGGCCAUGGUGGAUUAAACAUCACUAUUAUGCUAUGGCUAUGGCCCUCAUAAGUCUUACUUGGGAGAUAGAGAAAGGGCCUGAUUGUUCUCAGAAACAGAGAGGUGUACAACUGUACCUCAUAUGGGCAAUCUUUCAAGGAGUUGCCAUGAUUCUGCAGAAUAGAUAUCAAAGACAGAGACUGUAUACACGUAUUACACUGGGCAAGGCCAGCAGAAUGGAUGUUGUCUGGGGAGAAACAGCUGGAGUAGACGGUCAGUUAUUGUUGUUGUUCCCUGUACUCUUCAUCUUGCAGGGUUUUGAAGCAUGUGUUGGAGUCUUAUUGCUGAAAACUGCAGUUACUCGAUUUGUUUUUGAGUGGCAGGUUAUUACAUGUGGGAUUCUUCUUAUAAUCAUGGCCGUUGGGAAUUUUUCUAACACGGUGCAGACACUCAUAACAAAAUCUCGGGUUAAAGCAAAAAUGAAGAAAGACUGUAGGUAA